AUGAUUGAGAGCGAAAGGCUUAACUACAUACGACUUCAACAAAAGAAUCUAAGGUCAGAUAGCUAUGAAAGUCUCUGUGAAUUAAGAAAUAAAGGCCAACAAGACAUAUCUAAGGUUGGAAAACGAAUCUUUUUGCCUUCUUCGUUUACCGGUGGCGCUAGAUAUAUGAUGCAAAAUUAUUUAGAUGCCAUGGCUAUCUGUAAGUGGUUUGGUUAUCCGGAUUUUUUUAUAACCAUCACUUGCAAUCCAAAGUGGCCUGAGGUUAAAAGGUUUCUUAGAGACACAAAUCUUAAACCUGAAGAUAGGCCCGAUGUACUGAGCAGAUUGUUUAAAAUAAAGUUGGAUUCAAUUUGCAAAGAUUUUAAAGAACGGCAUCUAUUUGGAAAAGUUGCAGCAGUUGUUUACAUAAUCGAGUUUCAAAAGAGAGGAUUGCCUCAUGCCCACCUAUGCUUAUUCUUGGAAAAUGAAUCCAAACUUCCGACGGUAGACCAUGUUGAUCCAUUUAUAACUGCAGAAAUCCCUGAUGAAGAUGAAGAUGCAGAAUUAUAUGCGCUUGUGAAAGACUAUAUGAUUCAUGGUCCAUGUGGUAACGCUAAUUUAAGUUGUCCAUGUAUGGUUGACAAUAAGUGUUCGAAGGGUUUUCCAAAGAAAUUUCAAGAUCAUACUACACUGGAUUCAAAUGGAUUCCCAAUAUACAGAAGAAGAGAUAAUGGCCCUGAUAGAGCAACCGUUGCUGUUGUCCAACAUGAUAAUAACAAUGAAGAACUAGAACAGGACGAGGUCAAAGAAUAUUAUGAUUGUAGGUAUCUCUCAGCUUGUGAGGCAUCUUGGAGGAUCUUCGCCUACGAUGUGCAUUACAGGACUCCUUCUGUUAUAAGGCUGCCUUUCCAUCUUCCCGGAAAACAACCUGUUGUUUUUGGACCCGACGAGGAUAUUAAUCAAGUCCUUAACAAACCAUCUGUCAAAGCAUCAAUGUUUCUUUCCUGGAUGGAACGUAACAAAGACCCUAAUGACACAGUGGCCCGUACACUUACAUAUGUUCAGUUUCCAAGUUGGUAUGUAUGGAAGCUUGAUAAACGUUGUUGGGAACCUAGACAAAGACAUAAGUCAAUUGGGAGAAUUCACGCUGUAAAUCCGUCUCUUGGGGAAGCCUAUUUUUUAAGAAUUCUUCUUAACAAAGUGAAAGGACCAAAAUCUUUUGAUGAUAUUAAAACAGUUGAUGGUAAGGUAUAUGAUACAUUUAGAGAUGCAUGUUAUGCACUCGGUCUUUUGGACGAUGACACAGAAUACAUUGAGGCAAUCAAGGAAGCAAAUGAAACAGGAUCCCCUUCGUAUCUUCGUAAUUUAUUUGCUACUUUGCUAUUAACAAAUACGUUAUCCAGGCCAGAGGCUGUAUGGGAAAGCACAUGGAGAUACAUGACAGACGACUUUAUCUACAGACUUAGAAAAUAUCAUCGAGUUCCAGCUUUAUCAAUUCCAGAUGAGCAGCUUAAAAACUAUGUUUUGAGUGAAGUUGAAAAAUUCUUAGCUAGAAACAACUCAUCACUCAAAAGAUUUGAGACAAUGCCGUACCCAGAUAAUGCGUCUAUGUCUGAUUCAGACAAUCGUUUGAUUAACGACGAGCGUAUCUACGACAAAACCAAUCUUGAAAUUGAAUUUAAUAAUCAACUUAAUUUGCUAACUGAUGAGCAACGGUCAGUUUUCCAACAAAUAAUCAACGCAAUUGAGGGUAACAAAGGUGGGGUUUUUUUUGUGUACGGCUAUGGUGGGACCGGGAAGACCUUCUUAUGGAAGACAUUAUCUGCGGCAAUCAGAUCAAAAGGUCAAAUUGUAUUAAACGUUGCUUCCAGUGGGAUCGCGCCGUUGUUAUUGUCUGGUGGCAGGACCGCGCAUUCCAGGUUUCGUAUUCCAUUGAAUCUUACAGAGGAUUCAGUUUGUAAUAUAAAACCUGAUGGAGAUGUAGCUAGACUACUACACGAAACAAACUUGAUUAUAUGGGAUGAAGCGCCUAUGGUCCAUAAGCAUGCAUUCGAAGCGUUAGAUAGAACAAUGAACGACAUUUUCAAUAUCGACACUUCCAACAGAUCAAAUAUCCGCUUUGGAGGAAAGGUUAUUGUUUUAGGAGGCGAUUUUAGACAGAUCCUUCCUGUUGUUCCAAAUGGUGGAAGACAAGAGAUUGUCAAUGCCUCAUUAAGUUCGUCUUAUUUGUGGGAUACAUGUAAGUUGCUGAGACUAACAAAAAACAUGAGGUUAACAGUUGGAAGUUCAGCAUCGGACGCUGAAGAAAUAAAACAAUUUGCAAAAUGGCUUUUGGAUAUAGGUGAGGGAAAUGUUGGUGGUCCAAAUGAUGGAGAAGCAUCAAUUGAAAUACCAAGCGAUCUUCUGAUCACUGAUUCAUCGGACCCCAUUUCAACUUUAAUUGAUUUUGUGUAUCCUUCAAUUCUUGAAAACUUCAACAAUCAAAAUUAUUUCAGUGAGAGGGCUAUACUUGCACCUAAGAACGAGGUUGUGCAUGAAAUUAAUGAUCGGUUGUUGUCACUAUUCCCAGGCGAAGAACGAGAAUAUCUUAGUUCAGACAGUCUUUGUCAGUCUGAAAAUCCAAACGCUACACAACAAAAACUAUACUCUCCUGAUGUGCUUAACGGUCUUAAAGUAUCCGGCUUACCUAAUCAUAGGCUAGCACUAAAAGUAGGCGUGCCGGUGAUGCUAUUACGUAACAUUGACCAACAAAAUGGUCUUUGCAAUGGUACACGACUACAUGUCAAAAAAAUGUAUAACCGUGUAAUAGAAGCCGAGAUAAUAUCCGGAGGGAACAUAGGCACUCGCACUUAUAUACCAAAGAUUAGUUUGAUACCUUCUGAUAAAAAAAUUCCUUUUGAGUUUCAAAGGAGACAAUUUCCGUUGGCUGUUUGUUUCGCAAUGACUAUUAACAAGAGUCAGGGACAAUCACUGUCUAGAGUUGGUCUGUAUCUGAAACAGCCAGUUUUCACCCAUGGUCAGCUGUAUGUUGCUUUAUCGAGAGUUAAAACCAGACAAGGAGUUAAACUUCUUAUUUUGGACAAUGACGGCAAACCUACUAAUAAAACGACAAAUGUAGUUUACAAAGAAGUAUUUCGUGACUUGUGA